ACAAAUAUGGAAGCAAAAAACCAAACAACUACAGCAGAAUUCUUUCUUCUGGGCUUCUCAGAGGACCCAGAACUGCAGCCCCUUAUCUUUGGACUGUUCCUGACCAUGUACCUGGUCACAGUGCUCGGGAACCUGCUCAUCAUCCUGGCCGUCAGCUCUGACUCCCACCUCCACACCCCCAUGUACUUCUUCCUCUCCAACCUGUCCUUCACUGACAUCUGUUUCAGCUCCACCACGGUCCCCAAGAUGCUGGCGAACAUCCCGAGACAGAGCAGAGCCAUCAGUUACACAGGCUGCCUCACCCAGCUCUGCUUUGUCCUGGUUUUUGCUGGAAUGGAAAUAUUUCUGCUUGCAGCAAUGGCCUAUGACCGUUACAUAGCCAUCUGCCAUCCACUUCGGUACACAGUCAUCAUGAACUCCCGCCUGUGCAUUCUGCUGACUCUGUUCUCAUUGCUCAUUAGCACUGUAGAUGCCCUGCUGCACAGCAUGAUGGUACUUCAUCUGUCGUUCUGUGCAGACCUGGAAAUCCCCCACUUCUUCUGUGAACUGGACCAAGUCAUCAAGCUUGCCUGUUCUGACACCCUCCUCAAUAACGUCUUGAUAUUCACAGUGAGCAGCAUAUUGGGUGGUGCUCCUCUCCUUGGGAUUAUUUUCUCUUACUUUAAAAUUGUUUCUUCUGUUCUGAGAAUGCCCUCGGCUGAGGGAAAGUACAAAGCAUUUUCCACCUGCGGAUCUCAUCUUUCUGUUGUUUCCCUGUUCUAUGGGACAGCUUUUGGGGUGUACAUCAGCUCUACAGUGGCUGACUCAACCAGGAAGGCUGCAGUUGCCUCAGUGAUGUAUGCAGUGGUCCCUGCAAUGAUGAAUCCCUUCAUUUACAGUCUGAGGAACAGAGAUAUGAAGGAAACCUUGAAGAAACUGACCAGGACAUCUCACUUUUUGCAACUGUGUCAUCUGCGUUGGGCUUCUAGAGAGAGUCAAAGAACAGGGACACGAAGUGAGCCAAAGGUUUAG